AUGGAAAAGAAGAAAAAAGGAGGCUCUGGAGCAUUAAUCUUUGGAAUCGGAGCUGCUCUAGGAGCAGUAGUAGCUGCAGGGAUCACUUACUUUGCAACUUCUAACACAAAAGAGACAGUUGGGGGAGAAGAAUCUAAAGAAACACAGCAUAUUCCACCUCCACUACCAUCUUCAGAGAAUAUUCCUAAAGAUGUUGAAGAAAAAUUACUGUGCCCAAUAUCUCUUGAAGUAAUGACAGAUCCUGUAGUCACUCCAUACGGACAUACAUUUGACAGACAAAACAUCGAAAGUUAUAUUGAAAAAUACGGAAUUUGCCCAAUGACGAGAAAACCGUUGACCAAAGAAUCCUUAAUUCCAAAUUACUCUAUCCGAGAGAUGAUUAGUCAUUUCAACUCUACUAGAGAGGAAACGAAAGAGUAGGUCCACCAAAAACACCAUUGCAGGGAUAAAAAACCAAUAUUCCUUCUAAUAAAAUUU